CUCCCCUCCCUCCCAGCAGAGUUAGCUUGGUGGGGAGACACAUACACCGAGCAGCAAAAUGGCCGACCGUCAACCAACUGACUUUAUAGCGCUUUAAAAACGAAGAGAUUCUGCAAAUUUGGUUUACAUUAUCUUUAAACAUACACAAAUCAGAGUUUUUAAAUGGUAUUUUUCUUCAUUCUGUAGUUAUUAGCAUUUUGGGGUAUACUGUUUUGCCUCGAAUGCCUCGAAAACCUAGAAUUUCGCACUGAAGCACUUUAUUUCAUAUGUAGCUAGCUAGCUAAUUCCUGAGAAAGGCGUAUCAGGAAAGGGAACAGCAGUUCAUGGAAGACAAGAAAAGGAAGAAAGAAGAAAAAAGGAAAAGGGAGAAUUCCCAGAAGGUCGCAGAACAAAAAAACAAAGUGCCAGAAUUGACCAAGCCUACGUCCUCCCAGUCUCCGGCCACCCCCAGCUCUGCGUCCCCCAACCCUGGCCCUGCCCCCUCCCCCUCCCCUGCCACCGCGGCUGCUGGGGCCCCCCCUCAGGGCGGGAACAAUGCUAAGCGGCCGGCGGUGGCCAACGGACAGCCCCCCUCCGGCGCCCCGGUCCCCCAGCGCUACAUGCCCCGCGAAGUGCCCCCGCGAUUCCGCUGCCAGCAGGACCACAAAGUGCUACUGAAGAGGGGCCAGCCGCCGCUGUCCUGCAUGCUGCUGGGCGGGGGCGGGGGAGGCACCCCUCUCCCGCAGGGGGACGCCCCCGGCGCCACAGCAGCUGCUGCCUCAGAUUCCAGUCCUGGGGCCCUGGGUUCGGCCGUCCCCUCACUGCCCCACUCCUCCUCCUCAUCAGUCGCUGCUUCUUCUACUACUACUUCUUCAAAUUAUGCAAAUUCCACGUGGGGGGCGAGCUCUGGCAGCCAGCCCCCCUCUCAGGGCUGGGAGAAGGUGAUAGUGGACGGGUCUGACCUGGAGGAGUGGCCCAGCAUCGCGGCGGGGGCGGGGGCUGGGGCCGGGGCGGGGGACGCGGCGGGUGGGACCCUGAGCAGCAGUGCCUCAUGGAGCGACAGGCAGCUCCAGCAGCAGCAGAAGGUGGUGGGGGCGGGAGCGGGGGCGGGGAAAGGGGGCGGUUCCGGCAGUCCCUCCCCGCCCUCUUCCUCCUGCUCGCCCAACGAAUGUACGCAGCCCGGCAGCGGCGUGUGGGGCUCCUCCUCCCAGGCCAGUGGCGGGGGGGGCGCGGCCGUGGCCCCCGCCCCUUCCAAAUCCAAAGCCGGCCCCCUCCCCGGCACUCCGGACGGUUCCGUCGCUGGCAGCGGAGGGAUCCCUGGUGCCAACUUCAACCCCAGCGCCAACCCUUCUGCCUGGCCCGCCCUGGUGCAGGAUGGGACAGCCGGGACGGGCGCGGCCAGGGCCGACAGCGCCACCCCCCCUCCCAUGCCCAACCCGUUGCCUCUGUCCGCCAACCCCUCCCUCAAUCAUCCCUCCCCAUCUGCCAAUCCCGCCGGUCAUCAGCACCUUCACCAAAUGCAAGCCAGGGAGAGGGAGAGCCUCUGUGGGGAGUGGCCCGGGGCGGGGCCUGAGCCAGGAACAGGACCAAAAAAAGCGGGGGCGGUGGCCGAGGAGGAGCCAGAGUGCGGGACGAGCGGAGGAGGCGACGGCCCGACCUCCUCUUCCUCCUCUACAGCUUCCUCCUCAUCGUGGAGAGCCCAGCCCUUCUCCUCCGAGCCCAAAGCGGCCUCCCCGAGGACUGACCCGUGGGAGGGCACAGCAGGAGCGGGCGUGGCCUCUGGGGAGGGAGGGGGUUCAUGGGCGUACGGCGGUCAGGAGGGGAAGGGGGCGGGGGGGAAAGCCUGGGGCACAGGAAAUGGGGGCGGCAGUAAGGCCCCCGGGGUAUCUCAGGGAGCGUGGGGCGGGGCCGGCGGGGCGGAGCUUUCAGUCGGGGAGUGGGGUAAGAGCGCGGGCGGGGGGGCGGGGCCGAACAAUCCGGUAGGGGGAGGCGGCUGCAGCAGCACCAGCAGCAGCAGCGAGGGCAGCGUAGGGAACCCUCCCACCUCCUCCUCCCCAAAUUCAGCUUCUAUGACAAGAGCUUGGGACAAUCAGAAGGGUGUGGGAGACGGGGGGGCGGGGGAGACGGGCGAGUGGGGGGCCCAGGGGAAGGGCGGGACCUCGUCGUCCAGCGGGGGCGGACACUCCCGGGCCGGGAGCGGCGUCCACAAUCAGCACCACGGCCACGGCCACCACCGCGUCCACAUCCCCCCCAACCCCGAAGCGGCCUUACAGAACCUGCUCAGCCGGACCGACCUGGACCCCCGCGUGCUGUCCAACACCGGCUGGGGCCAGACCCAAAUCCGGCAGAACGUGGCCUGGGACCUGGAGGGAGGCGGGAGCGGGGGGGGCGUCGGCCCCUCCGCGGCGCCCAACACCGCGGGCCUCGCUCCUCCCUACUCUACCGCCGCCGCCAGCCCGACAACUAGCGAUGCGUCGGCGCCUUCCCCCCUCCCCGGCGGCGGCCCGAAGGCGGGCCUGAGCUCCAGCGCAGCGGUGGGCGAAGGCUGGGACAGCGGCAGCGGCAGCGGCAGCAGCAGCAACAGCGCCGCCUCUCUGUCCACCCGAGGCCCCGCCCCCUCCGGCCCCAUCGCACGCGCCCCAGGGGCCCCGCAGCCUGGAGGAAACCCUGCCGGCCCCCAGGGGAAGAGCGCCGGGGGGUGGGACCGGAGCAGUCCGCCCGAAAGCCAAGGAAAAGGCUGGGGCAGCGAGGGCCAGGACUGGAGGGAGAACAGAGGAGGAGGAGGAGGAGGAGGGUGGGGAGAUUUCGGUCAACAGGGUACCCCGGCUGGAGGCGGCAGCAGUGGCUGGGGAGGUCAGGAGGAGAAAGGGAUGGGAGGCUGGAAGGAGGUGGGGAGGGAUGGAGGAGGCUGGGGUCAGAGAGGAGGGGGAGGAGGAGGAGGAGGAGGAGGAGGGGGCGGGGACUGGGGAGAACGGGAAUCAAAGUCAGGAAGCGGGGGCUGGGGGGAAGGAAAGGGGGGUGGGGGAGGGGGAGGGGGAGGGGGUGCGGGCGGGGAUGCCGAGGUGGGAACGUGGGGCAGCUGGGACGAGGCCACGCCCCGGAGAGGCUGGGGAGGGGGCGGGGCAGGGGGGGACGCGGGGGGCAAAUCUCACCAGGGUUGGGGGGGUAAAGGGCACCAGUCACAGAUACCAAACAGCCAGUCGGCCAUGAUGAAGACGCCCGGGCAGCAGCAGCCGCAGCCCCAGCCAGUGGAGCCGGCGCCCCUGCAGGGCGGCUGGGGUAAACCCGCGGGUCUCAUCUCCCACAAUCAGAACCAAAGCUCAGGCUGGGCCCCGGGGCCCGCACCUCGCCUGCCCAGCGGCCCCACCGAGGGCCCGGAGCCCAGCGGCUGGGAGGAGCCGUCGCCGCAGUCCAUCAGCCGAAAGAUGGAGAUCGACGACGGGACCUCCGCCUGGGGCGACCCCAACCACUACAACUACAAGAGUGUCAACCUGUGGGACAAGAACGGCGCCCCCGCUGGGCAGCCGCCGCCACUGCACGCCCAGCCCCAGCCUCCGGCUCAGCCGCCGCAGCAGAAGCAGCAGCAGGGCCCUGGCCCCGCCCAGCAGCAGCAGCAGCAGCAGCAGCCGCCGGGAAGGCCUGCCCAUCAGCACGUUCCCCCCGGCAACAGGGACAUGAACCCUGGACAUAUGCCUGCCAAGGCCUCUGGAAUGGUUUGGGGAGGCGGCGGUCCCCCCUCCAGCCCCUCCGUGGACAAUGGCACGGCCGCCUGGGGGAAGCCCACCGAAGCACACAGCAGCUGGGGCGACCCGGAGGAUUCUGGGAAGGCCUCAGGCUGGGGGAACCUCUCCCCCAACCCAAUCAAAUCUGGCUCAAAGUCUAUGCAAGAGGGCUGGGGUGAGGGCGAGGGCUCUGUCAGCGCGUCCCGCCACUCCAGCUGGGAGGAGGAAGAGGAGGGGACCGGCGUGUGGAGCAGUGCGGGGUCCCAGGGUAGCAGCUCCUCCUACAACUCCGGGGGCUGGGGGCAGGGCCACGGGGCCAAGAAGGGCAGCAGCAAGGGUGCCCUGAAGGGCGGCGGCGGGGACUCCUGGAUGAACCCCAUGACCAGACAGUUCUCAAACAUGGGGCUCCUGGGCGAGGACCCCAGCGGGCGGCCCUUGGACCUGGCCCCGGGCCCCCCCCAGGACAAGAAGCUGGAGGGAGAGAAGCGAGGGAUGAGCCUGAGCGACUACAACGGAGAGAUACGCAAGGGCGGGAGAGGCGGGGCAGGAGGAGGGGGAACAGUCUUCCGUUCGCCCAGUUCCAAAGAAGUGGGGCCAGGCGAGCCUGGUCCUUACUAUGACAAGCUGACCUUGCCUUUAACCAGUCAGGAUGGGUGGCUUGGGGAGGACGGGACUCGUGCUUCAUUUUCUCCACCCGCUGGCUUUGAGCCCUGGUCGUGGCCGAUUAACCGCCCCACCCUACCUCCGGGAGGGAGGCCUACGGGUGGUCACAGUGUGUUUGGUGGAAGUGGUGGGAUGGCCCAGUCUCGAGGGGUGCACCAGCCUGGUGUGCCGCCCAUUAACCCAUCCCCAGGGAUACGAGCGCAAGUGCCUCAUCAGUUCCUGUCACCUCAGCUGCCGAGCUCCAUGCUGAAGCAGAUGCCCCCUCCCAGCAGCAGUGUGGGGGGAGUGGGAGGGGUGGCAGGGGGGGUGUUCCCGCCUCAGCUCUCUCCCCAGCACAUCGCCAUGCUCAGCAGCAUUUAUCCUCCUCACAUCCAGUUCCAGCUGGCCUGCCAGCUUCUCCUGCAGCAGCAGCAGCAGCAGCCCCAGCAGCAGCAGCAGCAGCAGCAGCAGCAGAUCCUGCAGAACCAGAGGAAGUUCCCCCAGAACAUACGACAGCAGCCAGACCCCCAGCAGCUGGCAAGAAUCAUGGCCGUCCUUCAGCAGCAGAGGCAGCAGCAGCAGCAGGGCGGGGGUGGCGGCGGCGGCGGGGGCUCCAAACUGUCCCCCUCUCACUUGGGAGGGGUCGCCCCCCCGAAACCGACCAUGGCCGAUCCCCUGUCUCACCCCGGCCUGGGGGGCACCCUGGCCGACCUGCAUUCGAAAACGCAAGGGGGCUACUCUGGGUUCGGCUCGGGGGUGAACCUGUCGGGGCUGGAGAUGGGCUCCAUGGUGGGCGGUCCCGGCGGGAUGAAGGACAGCGGGGGCCAGCAGUCCCGCUUCAAGUGGAUUAUGGAGGGGCACUCCCCCGCCCCCUCGCCUCCCGACAGCGUGCUUCACAAGAACGGCCCCAUCUCGGCUCCGGUGAAGCUGAGGGGAGGUUCCCCCUAUUCCCAGUACGAGCUGCUGGGGGGUGAGGGUUUGGGGGUCCCCCCUCAGGGUCCGUCUGAUAACUGGCAUCGAACCCCUGGAAACAAAAUGGGAACCAAAACUGGCUCCUCCAGCUGGCCGCCAGAGUUCCAGCCCGGAGUGCCCUGGAAGGGAAUUCAAAGUGCUGACCCGGAAUCUGACCCCUACAUGACCCCAGGCAGUGUGUUGGGCUCCUCUGGGACGUCCGGCCUGAAUGACACCGAGCACCAGUUACUGAGAGACACAGAGUCUAACCCCUCCCUCAACACCUUGCUGCCUUCACCAGGUGCCUGGCCCUACAGUGCCUCAGACAGCCCCCUCAGCAAUGCACACACCUCGGCAAAGUACACUGAGUACAAACCCAGCUGGCCUCCCGAUCCCAUUGGACACAACAAGCCCUGGAAGGCCAAUCGGAACAGCUCACAGAUGCCACGCCCACCUCCUGGACUUACACAUCAGAAGCAGCCCCCCCUCUCCUCUUGGGCGGGGGGAGGCCCGCGAUUGGCCAGGGGUUGGGGAGGGUCUGGCGGCAGCCAAGAAUCAAGAUACGGGCCAGGGUCUGCAUGGAGCGAUGCAGGAGCCCGGGGCAGCUGCUGGCUGGUACUGAGCAACCUCACUCCACAGAUCGACGGCUCCACGCUGCGCACGAUCUGCAUGCAGCACGGCCCCCUGCUGACCUUUCACCUCGGCCUGACCCAGGGCAGCGCCCUCAUCUGCUACAGCACCCGACAGGAAGCGGCCAAGGCACAGAGCGCUCUGCACAUGUGCGUACUGGGCAACACCACGAUCCUGGCAGAGUUUGUGAGCGAGGAGGAAGUCGCUCGCUAUUUUGCACAUUCCCAGGCGGGAGGGAGCGGCAGCGGAGGCGGCGGCGGAGCGGUCCCCGGGUCCGGAGGAGGCCAGGGGCCCUCGGGGACGGGCGCGGUGGGGGCCAGCGGCGGAGGGAGCACCCCGGGGAGCGAGAGGGAGAGGGCGCCCGGGGCGGCGGGAGCGGCGGGCGGAGGAGGAACGGCGGCCGGAGGAAACGGCGGCGGGGCGGGGGCUAGCAUAGGAAGCGUGGGGCCUUCCGCCUCCGGCUGGCAGAGCUUGGACAGUUCGGGCAGCUCUCCGGACCCCUCCUCGGCCCAAGGACCAGGGCUGAGUAUUUUUGCCCAGUGGAGCAGCAACGGAGCUGGGGGAGGAGGAGUGAGUGGAGGUACAGGGGGUGUGGAGCCUGGCCGGCAGGGGCUGUGGGGUGCAAUGACCCCGGGGUACCCCAGCAGCAGCCUGUGGGGAGCCCCCACCAUGGAGGACAGGCACCAGAUGGGCAGCCCUGCAGCACUGCUACCUGGGGACCUGCUAGGUGGGGGAACCGACUCAAUCUGACUGACAGGCACACAACUACACUCACUGAUAGGCACACAAGAACUACAAUCACUGACAGGCACACAAAAACUACAAUCACUGACCGGCACACAAGAACUACACUCUCUAACAGAUACACAAGAACUACACUCACUGACAGACACCCAACAACUACACUCACUGUCGCUCACGGACUGACCUACUUGCGCAUGAAGAUGUAUGGUAUGCUGAUACAACACCGGUACACAAUAAUGCAAAUGCAGCAACAUGCACUCACAUGCCCUGACACACAUUUCAUAAACGCAGACAUACUUUUACAGCUGUGCAGAUGGUGAAAUGCACACACACACACACACACACCUGCACACACACACACGCACACACACAAGCAACCUUUCCCUUAAAUGAAGAUUUCAACAGCAAGACUUGAAUGAAAGAAAGAAAAAGCCAAUCAGAAUCAAAGACGGCGCUCAGCUGGGUGGCAUGACUUGCAUAGGGCAGAAAUGCUGAAAAAAAAGAAAAAACAAGCAGACCGAUAGAGACAUUUACACUUGGGCUCGCACUGUAAAAACACGCGGUGCGCAUCACGCGGGCGCCCUGCCUGAAGACAGGCAGCGUGCAGCACGUGAUCCGCCUGUUACAGCUCCUGCAGACAGAGGGGAAUCAGACACACACCUCCACACGCGCACACCGCUCCCACAUACGACAAGCGAACUGCAUCUUAAUACCUAGAUUUUUUUGUUUGGGACAGUGGAAUCCAGAAAUGUAUUUUUCCUUCAAACGCUGACCUCAUUUUCUUUUGUGUUUCACCCCCCGCCCCAAAUCGAGUUCAUUGUUGUUAUGACUACAGUUAUUCGGUUGUACUGAGGCGUCCUCGUGUUUCCAUGCCGAUGAGAGGCUUAGUAAGGAGGAAGUCAAAUUGGAGAGUGUAUGUGCAGGGGAGGAGGCGAGACGGAGAUUAGCCGUUCAUAAGUGAGGUGUGUGUUACUUCGUAUCUGUUUUGCUUAAGGAGGUGAAUGAGUGUGUGAGGUAGCGUAUAGCAGGUUUCGGAUGGUGUGCGCUCUGAAAGUGCGUUCAAAGUAUGUGUGUCGUAUGCAUGUUUAAGAACAUUGGCACUAAUUAAUAUUUUCUUUUACUUUUAAGAGAAUUUGUUUUUAUCAGCCUUUUUUGUUUUUGUUCUGUAUAUCUUCUGCAUUGCAAUAAUAAAAGAUUGUUUUUAAAGAUUCAACCGAGGGCAUACAUGUAGAGAGAGAUGCCAAAUCUAUCACACCAAGUUGAGCUGGACGGGUGCUUACAAACACCUAAAAAAAGUUACGAUGUUUUAUUUUAUUGUUGAUGUUUCAUGUUUUAAAUUAAGACAGGCUUUAACACUCCUGUUCAGUUUUUUUUUGUUUUUUUUUUUGUUUAAGAUUUUAGAGGAAAAGACAUUAAUUUAAAAAGAUGAGAACAAGAAGGAUAAUAAAGGUUGAAUUCUAUGUUGUGAUUGUUAUGUUGCAUUAGAUGUUAACAGGAUUUGUGUUUUGCGAUUAAAGCAGUUUUCUGUUCAUUUUCAGAGGUGCACCCCAUAUCCCCUACCCCCUACUCCCCGCCCCGCACAGACUUGCCACUCUUGCACACGUGUUGGUGGCUAUGCUUGCCGUCUGUCCGCUGCCACAGUAUAGACUCUCGUCUUACAUACUUGACCCUCGUCUUUCUUGCCUGUCCAAUUUGUCCUAUGCUUUAUCGACAAUUCAAAACUGUUUCCACAUUCUAUAUUUGACCUUUGCCCCGGAGGUAUUUUAUAUCUGAUGAGCCACGGCUGAUUUAUCCCCCCCUCGUCCCCUUACCAUUUCUUGACAGUUCGUACCAGGACUUUGGUGGAGGGGAUUCUAGCACUGCCUAUGUACACAUACACUACUAAAGGGUCAGUGACGGUGUCAGAUCACUUUGUAGAAAAUGGCCCAUUUUGGUAUUUCCAUAACAUUGUUAGCGCCAUCCUUCAAAGUGAGGCAUUGACUCGGUUAUUUGUCGCAGUCACUGAUACAGGGACUCCUUUCUUCUUUCUUUUUUGUUUUUAUUCCUCGCUGCAGCGGCCUUCAAGUGUCUGGUGGGCUACAGUACACUAUCUUGCCUCGUUUUAACCGUUCUCUCUCUCCUGCUUCAAGCCUGUUUUGAGAAGGGCCGCUUGCUGGUUCUGCGAAGCGCAGAAUGUGUUUCAUUCUGUCCAUCACAACUUUGGAUGUAACCCGAAGUCCACUGUUGCUUUCCCCUCCUCUCCCCUCCCCUCCCCUCUUGUCCCCUCCCCCCCCGGAACAGUACUGGGGACCAUGGUUUCAAGUGUUGAGUCUGAAAGAUGGUACAUUUUUUGCUGUGGUCAGCAUUUACAGUGCACUAACCAAGACACUCUGUACUGUAAUAAUCAGGUUUAGGCAGCCGCAAGCUCUUCUGGUUCGUGGCGUUGGCUGCGCGACUGUGUUAAACAACCAGUUUCCACUCUCCAUUCCAUUCACUCAGGAGAUGAGCUGGGCCUGACGAGCACUGCAAGUGACAGGGCCCUGCAACUCAGAGCUGCUGGAAUGGAGUGGGGCUGGGGUAGUAUAGCGUGGAACUGAAGCUUGUACAGGAGAUGGGCCUGCCUAGCUUUACAUUUCUAACAGCUGGAACUUAUUGGCCGAACUUCAGUUUUUGAUAUUGACAUUUACGACAUUUUCUACAUUUUAUUUCCAUUAAGCUGUUUUUUUGUUUUGUUUUGCUUGUCAGGGAUUAGUUUACAGUUGCAUAAAUAUACACACGGACAACAUACUAAAGUAACUACUGGAGUUUCUCCUCAGUGUGUGAGGCUUAAUUUUUUUUUUAUUAAACUGAGGGACAUUUUUGUCAAGGCUGUGUAAUUAUAUAUGUACAAUGUAAUGUAAACAAAAUGAAUACUUUGGGGGGUGAGGAUGGGAGUGCAGUGCAGACCCCAGUCUCCCCAUUCCAAAUCUUAAAUAAAGAGCUUGUUUUCAU